CCCCUCCCCGCCGCGGAGGCUUACGGGACAAGUACGCAACGCCCACCUUCUCCCUCCUCACCCCACCCGCAACCCCCCGUACGGGCUUCGCAGAUUGUCUCCCCACUCCCUCGGGCCUGACUUCCGGUUUGCUCUAGCGUUCCCGGCGCCUAGGUGCGGACCACGGGAACCCCUUCUUCCGGCCGUGAGCCAAUCGUCCUUCUGUUCAGCUGUCCAGCCGCGCUCCCCCUUCGCGGCCUGCCGGGUGCGGGCUCUGACUGGCCUGCUCCGGCGGGCCGGAGCCCCGCGCGCGCGUGUUGCUGGGUAACGGGCCUUCUCUGGUGGCCGCUCGGCCCUCGGCCUCGCCUAGCUCUCCUUCCAGAACUUCCGAGGCCCCAGACUACCGGCCUGCCGGGCCGGCGUUGGCGCUGCUGAGGCAAGAGAAAUGGGAGUCCUUCUGCGGCAUCCCCGGAGCGGCUGCCUUCGCUGGGGAAGCGGCGGUGUCUUCGAGGAAACCGGAAGCCCGCGGUGACCCCUGGCGACCCGGUUUGUUUUCGAUCCAUUUCCAAACACUGGGGAAUCGUAACUCGGCGGCCCUAAGGGCGGCCCCAAGGAGCCCGGCCUCGCGGUGAGUGACUGGCUUUGGCUGGGCCUGGGGUACUGGCAGAGACGGGACCAUCUCCGAGGCCGAUUCCGGUCCGAAGAGAUACGUCAUUUUCUCGCAGACCUUUGGCUAGGGAGCGGCCCUCCUGGCAUCCCCUACCCCUUCACCUCGCGCUGGAGCCGUGCCAGGCCCCACUUGGUCUUCAGUUCUACCUAGUACUUAUUUUCCUUCCGGACUCUGGUGUACUGGGCUGCCUUCAGUUUUACUUCAUUCAUUGGGACUCCAUUUAAAUCGGAAACGAAAGAGGGAAGUGUGUCUGGGACGGGUAAUGUAAUCACCCACCUUGUACAUUAUCGAGGGUUCACAGCAGGUAGUUGUUUUUCCGUUGUCUAACCGAUGUAUUCCCUAUGGUUUCGAUCAUUUGUUGAGUGGCUACUACGUGCCGGGGAGGAGGAAUCCUUCCUCCCUACAAACAAGGAACUCAAAUAUUGGAAUGUGAGAGAAAAUGCAGUAACUGUAACACAGAUGAAAACAUGGCUCCAGGAUGUAUUGGAGAUUUGCUGAGAUGAUCAAGGACAGUGACAUACCAGGAUUGAAAUUGAUCCAAGCCUCUUAAACAUAGAAGACGCUUGCUUUUUUACUUUUGGAAUUGUAAAUUGGAUUGAGCAAGAUCUCAAGGCAUAAUUUAAAUUCUUCUUGUCUAAACUUGCCAUAUCUCAUUUACUCACCUGUUGUGAUCACUCCCUACAUUGCCUCUGUCAUGGAGGCACUGAUAGAUGAUGAUAUCUGCAUUCUGGAUCAUGAAAAAGCCCAUAGGAGAGAUACAGUGACUCCAGUCUCAAUAUAUUCAGAUGAAUCUGUUGCUUCACAUUUUGCUCUUGUCACUGCAUAUGAAGACAUCAAAAAACGACUUAAGGAUUCAGAGAAAGAGAACUCUUUCUUAAAAAAAAGAAUAAGAUUUUUGGAAGAAAAGCUUUUAGGAGCUCGAAAGGAUGAAGAAACAAGUUCUGUGGGACGAGAACAAGUAAAUAAGGCCUAUCAUGCAUAUCGAGAGGUUUGCAUUGAUAGAGAUAAUUUGAAGAGCAAAUUGGAUAAAAUUAAUAAAGACAACUCUGAAUCUUUGAAAGUAUUGAAUGAACAGCUACAAUCUAAAGAAGUAGAACUCCUCCAGCUAAGGACGGAGGUGGAAACUCAGCAGGUGAUAAGGAAUUUAAAUCCACCGUCAUCAAACUGGGAGGUGGAAAAGUUAAGCUGUGACCUGAAGAUCCAUGGUUUGGAACAAGAACUGGAACUAAUGAAGAAGGAAUGUAGAGAUCUCAAAAUAGAGCUGCAGAAAGCCAAACAAACGGAUCCUCCUCAGGAAGACAGUCUGAAGAGCAGAGAUCUCCAAAGACUAAGCACUUCAAGUGAUAAUAUGCAAAAUGCAUACUGGGAACUAAAGAGAGAAAUGUCUAAUUUGCAUCUGGUGACUCAAGUACAAGCUGAGCUACUAAGAAAGCUGAAAACCCCAACUGCAAUCAAGAAAGCUGGCACCCCAGCAGGAUACACAGAAGACCUCGGGAAAGAGAGCACAAAACUGCACUUGACAAAUCUCACCGCAGCGUACAGAAGACAGCCUACCCUCUCACCAAACAGCAGAGCCCUUUGUCAGGCCACACCUUCCCCUUUACCAGGAGACACAAAGGUUUUAUCAGAGAGAGCCAUUCUCCAGUCAUGGACAGAUAAUGAGCAAACCAUUCUUCAUGACAAUACAGACUUUCAGGAACACAACUCUUAUGGCAGAAAUUCUCUGGAAGAUAAUUCUUGGGUAUUCCCAAGCCCUCCUAAAUCAAGUGAGACACCAUUUGGGGAAGCUAAAAAUAAAACUUUGCCUUUACCCAACCUGCCACCACUGCAUUACUUGGAUCAACGUAAUCAAAACUGCCAGUAUAAAAGCUAAUUCUGAAGAGGGUCACGAUUUGGUCCUGAGGUUGCCAUUAUCUCUGUGGUUUUCUUAAGAAACCAUUAACAAACUGAAAGCAGAUUCUCAUUCAACUUGUGCAGAGUUCUUCAGUAUUUACAUUUGUACAUAAUGUACCAUAUUAUGUAGUUGAUUUUUCAGUGUGAAAGAAUACCCUCCAGCUCCAUAUUCUGGCUCAGAAUCAGAUGAUAUAUGCUGCUAAUAAUAAAUUAAUAAAAUGUUUCAAAAUGACAGUUCUACCUUUGAUGAUAAUUAUAAAUUUCUGCCUCACACGAGGAAGGGAAAUGAAAGUUUUCAGACAUGGUUUUUACAAAGCAUGUGAAAUGCCUGAAUAUCCAUUUAUAAAAAUAAAGGAGACCAUUAUAUCAGAAAAAUCAUAGAAGUUGCUUUAAGCUGCAUAAAGAAAUGGCAAUGUGAAUAGGUUAUAUUUCUAUUAACUUUAUAAUGUAUACAAAUUUGAAAAUUAUAGUGCAACAACAGUGUCUGGGUUACUCCAUCUUUAUGUGCUAUUGUGUCUAAGUUUGAGACUUAAAUUUUUUUAAUCACAAUGUUGUUAAAAAUUUGAAGUUGCAAUUUGAAUGUUAAGACUUGAAGUAACUUAAUCACUGAAACCAACUCUGUCCCAGUACAUCCCUCAAGUCCUAAUUGAAAAAGAGCGAUCAAAUGGUUGAAAAACCACCCGUGUGAAUGAACUAUUACACAUAUAGGUUAUGCAAUUAGAAGUAGGAACAGCAUCACAAAAGUCUCAGUCUAAUCUGUCUCUUCAGUGCUCUUUAAUGAAAAUCUAAAUGUGUAACUAUAUAUAAAGUCAUUUUCUUCAGAAGGUCUAUACCCACUUGUUAAACUGGUGAGACUUUGUUUUGAAAUGUAAUGAUUUACUUAUUGAGAAAGGAAUUUUUUUUAAACUGGCUUUUUACUAAUCGGAUUAGAAAUUCUAGAAACUAAAUUCUGUGCAGUAUUGAUAUACGGUAAAGUACAAUCAUGAAAUGUCCCCAAAUCCUUUGAUUCUAAGUGGCCUAUCAUUUAUAAACAAGUAAAGUGGAAACAAGGAUGGCUUCACAUGCUCAUUUCUUCUUUCGGGGGGCGUAUUAAGAUUAUUAGUAAUCUGUUUCUCAGUUCCUUCAUCUUUUGCCCGAGAUGAAGGGUUCCAUGCAGAAGGCCCUUAUCCUUUUUGAUGGAGUUUCAAACACCUUGGACUCAAAAGAGUAUUUCAGAUCUCUGUAUUAACUGAACAUCAUACAUAUAUAAACUGUUCACUGUUCACCAGAUAUUUUUGUCUUUCUAUUAUCUUACUCACUUAUUCAAGCUUGUCUGUGAUUAAUGGAGUUGGUGUCAGAUGCUGGAAUUUAUUCUGACCAAUGAACACAGCUGACUCAGGGGACUGCCAUCUCCUGCCAAGUAAUAGAACAAAACCCAAUAUGCGUAAAACACAUAGGAGACUCCAGGCUUUAGCUGAAGGAAGCAACUACCUGUGUAAUAAUAAAGCAGCAGAAACUACUGCUCGUGUGGCUGCAUAGGCUGUAUAUGAUAAUCUAAUCUCUAAUGUAGCUUACUGGUUUGCCUUUUAUAAAACCAAGAUUGGAAAUUUUCCUUUGUAAAGAAAAUAGCUCAUAUGACAUAACAGCUUGAUUAAUGUUUUGAACAAUGCCAAGACAUUGUUUAAUUAAAAUAAAUUAUUUUUGCUUGAAA